CUUACAUUUCUACCUUUUCUGUUGAUAGUGUCUUGCGUAUAUAUAUAUUUUUAAAAUAGUGUCUUUGGAGCAGUUGCAAAGAGGCUACUAAAAACACAUUCACGUGACAUUGGUACUUUUGAUCAAGAACUUAUCUCCUUUCAUCGACUGAACAUUGAUGAAGAAAAUAUUUUAAAUUACCACUACACAUCAGAAUGUCCAAAGAGGUCACUGAAGACAUGGAACUGCCUGUCACUUGUAAUAAGUCUCAGUUACAUGGAAACGGAGAUCCUGAAACGAAAUUAGAAACACAAGAAAAUGAACAGAACAAACUAACCACUGACACUUCACCAAAUUCGAGAAGUGAAAAUUACCAUGAACAAAUCGUCGUUUCAGCUGGAAGCAUGCAGAUGCAGUUGGUAGAUACUCCAGACAGUGAAGUUACAGAAACAGAGUUACGAAAUGACGAUUUAAUGUCUACACAGUUUGUUUCUACAGCUGGAAGUGAAAAAUCUUAUCCUAAUCAUGCAGGUAUUUUUUCUGCAAAAUCAAAUUCUACUGUUAGUGUUACACAAGGACAAGCUGUUGCUCUCAAAGGGAGACCACCCAUAAUUAAAAAUGCUGAGAUUCCAAGUGUGGGUGAAAGCCACGUCUCGCACGAUAAUGAUGUUAUACUGGAACAGUUUGCUCUGACUGGUAACAAAAUUGAGAACUUUCUGAUGUCGGCAUCAUCGUAUGAGACAUCGACGGCGAGGUCGUUACAGCUGACCUCACAAAUGUGCAGUCUUCCGCGGCAGAUGAAGAUCCGUACCGACCUGUCCCUCAGCGACAAGGUCAGGUUGAUUCAAGUCUCCGAGAAGACUGGAAAAAGUCAGCGAAGCCUGGCUGCCGAGUUCGGCAUUUCUCUCGGAUCGGUGAACAACAUUCUCCGGCGAAAGAGAGAAUACAUCGAAGCCUUUGAGAGGAACGAAGUCUCAGGUAGCAUAAAGAGUUUCCGUCGGGUAUCGUGGCCGUCUUGUUCCAGGACGAGAUCCCCGGCGCCAAAGGUGAACGAGACUGACAGUCUGAACCGGCUGAUGUACAAGUGGGUGGAGACGGCAAAGAAGAAGAAUGUCAUCUUGUCCAGCACACUGCUGCAGGAUAAAGCUAGCGAGUUCGCAUCCAAACUGGGCAUCAGCAGCUUCACCCCAACCAACUCGUGGGUCAACACCCUGAAGAACCAGUUCAAUCUGUGUUUCGAAAAUGACAAUGAUUCGACGGGGAAGUUGUACACCACCUGGACCAAGAUGCUACCCUACCUGAUCCAGGGUUACGAACCGCAGAACGUGUUCACCUGCGGGGAGACAACGCUGAUCUACAGAGGGCUGCCGGAUAAGUGUCUCGUCGAGGGUGGGAUGUGCAUGGGAACUCACCACAGAACUGAAUCGUCCAAUCACUCGGUUACCUUGCUGCUCUGCUGCAGUGCAGUUGGCGAAAAAAUCAAACCACUGGUCAUAGGAAAGAGCGGUAUGCGAAACUCGUUUCAGAACGUUGCACCUGGCAACCUGCCCGUCGUUUGGAAGCACCAGGACAAGGCCUGCAUGACGUCCAGCCUGUUCACAGAGUGGCUGAAGGAUCUGGACCGAUGCAUGGAGCAGCAGAAUCGACACAUCGCCUUGUUCAUGGACAUGGCUCCCGGUCAUCUCUCCAACCUCCUGCUGAGGAACGUCCGGCUCCAGUUCUACCUGGACAACUCGUCCUCCUACCUGCAGCCGCUCCAACAGGGCAUCCUCACGUCAUUCAAGGCACACUACCGCAAGCGUUUCCUCCAGGCGGUCCUCGCUUGGGCCGAGUGCUGCGACAGCAGUCCACACGUGGUGAACAACGUCACCGAGCUGGACGUGGUCUUCUGGAUCAAACACGCGUGGAACAGCGUCAAGAAGGGCCUGGUCAUCAACUGUUUUGACGCUGUCGGUUUCCCCACUCCUCCACCACUUGUGGAAGAAGACGCCAAUGACGGCCUGUCACUGCAGCUGUCGGAGUUGGUGGAGGAGUGCGGACAGGCGUUCAAGUUCACCCCCAUGCACGCAAAGAUGUAUGUGGAGUUUGACUCGCAGAUUCCCUGUCACGUCCACGAGACAGAACUGUGGGAGCAACAGCUGCUGGCUGAAGCCAUGACUGGCAGCAUCACAAUCAAAUCUGAACCCAUAGAAGAGGAUUUCCAAUAUGGUGGCAGAGGCAGACUGCUCCCAUUGGAUGGUCAGUCCAGUCAGACGGAAGGAACGGUGGUCACUAGGCCCAUCAGUCAAAGUGAGGCUUUGGAGUCUCUGAAUAAACUAAAGACAUUUGCAGCUAGUGAUCCCAGUUUGCUGGAGACGUUGUACGCCACAGAAGAGGAGAUGUUGGAUUCGAUUAGCAGUCAUCGGCAGCAAGCACGCUGUCGAGCCAUGAAUAAUCUCUUUCCGUUAAAUGUUUACCAGCAUGGCAUCUUGUGAAUAGUAAUAUGGCAGUGUUCUAAGUGAUGUUUAAUUGGUGAUCAGCUGUAUAAGGUCUUAGACAUUAAAUGUAUUUUAACUGA